UUACUUUGGCUGCCCGAAGAUCCGCUGCUAGAUCGUGAGAAGCUCAGGUUGUCAAAAUGAAGAGUUUAGUUGCUGUUGCGUUUGCGAUUAUCACACUGUACUUUAUAUUCGACAGUGGUAGUGCAAUCAAAUGCUACGAAUGCAACUCCUUCUUCCAGUCUGAUUGUGCAGAUUGGUUUGACAACAAAACUCACAACUUAGUUGAUUGUGGAGAUGAUGUGAAAAUGUGCCGAAAGAUAGUACAAGAAGUUUACUACAACGAUGACUGGAAUGUCAGAUACAUCAGGCAAUGUGCUCGAUCCGGAGAGGUCGGAGGUGAUGAAGGCCGUCAAUGCAAGGACAGGACAGGCACAUACCGUGUUAAAGUCCGAUACUGUCACUGUAACAACCAAGAGGGAUGUAACGGUGCCAGCAACAUCAAAGUUCCUACCCUCCUUCUUGCCGUGCCACUUCUCACAUCAUUAGGACUCUACGUUUCAAAAUAUUUAUGAAAUUAACAAUAAAUUAGAACUUUUUUUUUUUAAACAAAUUAUCUCAGGGUUUUCACUUCGAAAUUCAAAAGACCAGAGAUUUGACUGACAGCUGUAAUUGAGUUGCUUUCAUGUGAAAUUCAUUUAUUAAGCUGUCAGUUAAUGCAGAAAGUGAAAACAGGAGACCAACCACAAACCACAUUUGCAUUUUGGAAUUCACAUUGAUUAGGACCAUACAAAAACCAAAUAUCGUUCUCUGGCAUUUCAUCUCUGAGCAAAAAUGUAAUCAUGAAGACAAGAAAUCAUUUUUUGAAAACCCUGGCCAGUUUCGUGGGGUGAUGAUAUUUUAAUCUUACGAAUACAAAAAGAUUCUCGUUAGUACUUUCCCUUUGUGUAUUCAAUUCACUCAGUUUGCUUUAGAAUACUUCAUAUUUGAGCGCUUGCUCAUUUAAAGGCUUUAGUUGACAACUCGAAGCAAUAACGUCUUUAAGGAAUAAGGAAUCUGAAAUGUAAAUAAAUCUACUUUUUAUCUGCAGCUUUUUGUAAUAGUUGGAAAGAACAAAUUUCUGUUUUGUUCUGCCCAAUUAAUUUGUUGUAAAUAUGACACAUGGAUACUAGCUAGAGCUGUAAAUUAGUCUGGAUUUUUUUUUUUUUUUUUUUUCUUCUGGUUUAUAUUUUUGUACCAUUGAUUUUUAAUAAUUGAAUUUCCUGUCUGAUGCUGGGAAACAAGAAUUUUAUUUCAAAGAAUAUGAUUGUGUAUAUGCAGUUCUUGAUCACCUACGCAUAUGAUUAAUUAUGGUUUAUACAUGCAUAUUUGUUAUUAGAACUAAACAGGCUUUUAUUGUAUUAGAUCAUAUGGCCAAAUUACUAUCAUUAUCAAUUUAAUUAAUUUGAAAUCAAUUAUAAUUUUUCAAAAUUUUGCAUUUUUUUCCUUUAAUAUUGAAAAAUGUACAUAUUAUAUAGGUUCCUAUACAGAUAUAUGUAGGCAAUGUUGAAAUCUUGAAAGUUGAGAGAAGUGAGGUAGAAGAAAAUAAUAUGAAUCUGUUAACACUAUUAAUACUACCAGAUGCAAAGAUGUUGUUGAUGAUUAGAGUCAAAUUAUUGUUUUUAUGAUUGGAUGAAUGAAACUAGUUUCAAAUAUUUGUAUUGCACUUUUGACCUUUUUUAUGAUGGAUUGUAAACAGUACCAUACAACCUUUGUGUAAUUGUAAAAAUGAAUAGGGAUAAGAAAAGAUCUGUAUGAAUUUUGUAUUACUGUUCAAGAGAAGCAAGUAAACAAUAAGAUAAGAGCAAAGUCUUGAAAGAAACCAGUAUUCCAUGUUUAGUGGUAUGCAUGUAUAUCAAAGGUACGAGAAACAGGAAAAAUCAUACUGAUGAGAAGAAUGUGAUAUGAAUGGUCAUAGAUUUGAAUGAUAUGCACUUCAAUAUAAAUUUACUAUGAUGAAAAACAGUUAAAUCAGUUGUUGUGAACCUGUUAACAAUUCUCUUGUUUGUCUUUGUGUAAAAUAUUCUUGUACAAAUACCACUGGUGUAUAGUUUUUCAGCCUUUCGCAAAAAUUGUUUGUAAUAUUUAAAGCAUAAUAUAUUCUAAAAAAUCUUCAAUCGGUUAGUGUUUCAUUAGAAAUUAUAGUCUAGAAAUUACUGUUAGUAUUGCCAUCAAAUUAAAAUCUGCAAUUUAAUCUGAACUCGAUCUAUAAAGAUAAUUAAGAUUUAUCAUUAAUAAAUUCACUGUAAAUUUAAAAAAAAAAAAAAAAAAGGAUUAAAUUCUGCUGUAUAUUUCAAUUUUUAUGUUAGCGUGAAAAAUGUUUUCAUAAAUGAAACCUUUGUGGUGACAGUGGUGCAUUUUUUUCCAUACCCUAAGAUUUUCUCCAGUAUUUGUCAUCUUUGAAUAGGAACGAUUCUUAGCAUUGUUUGGAUAUUUUUUACAUUAGAAAACCUACUUUUCCAAACAGUUUAAGUCAUGUUUGACUGGUUUUAUUUAUGUUUUUGUAAAUCAUUGUGUCAUAUUUUUUAAAGAAAAGAAUAUUGAUUGUGAUCACAUGUCAUUUUUUCCUGAGUGAUGUGUUGGACCGAUUUUUAAAAAUAGAUCUAUAUUCGGUAUGUUCAUCUAUUCAGAAUGAAUUGAAGGAUAUUGUUACUGUAGAUAGUUCAUUUAAUAGAGGCAUACUCUUUUAAAAUUGUUGUUUAUUGUUUGGAAUGCAUGAUGACUUUUAAGUUGCCAUUUUUAGGUAACUAGUAACGAUGGUCACAAGUGCCUAGUGCACUUUGUCUUAUUGAUGCAAAACAAUUCAUAAUAGCUGUGUAGUAGGUUGUGCAUACCUUUGUGAGCUUUUUCAAUUCCUCAUAGAAUGAAAUAUGUCUAAACCAGAAAAAUUCCUUUUAGAGUCAUAUAACUUGGAUUAGAGGAGGUAUUCCUCACUUGAAAUGUUUUGGCUUCUCCAUUGAUAACUACUUUGUCAAGAUUGAGACUAACUUUAAUGAUGACACACAAAUUUUGAAAUAUAACCUCUAUAAUCUUUUUCUAGCAUUUACAAAUUAAUUGUUUAAGUGAACUAGUGAUUAAGGAGUAUACAUUAUUUUCUAACACCCAUGUUGUCAUUGUGUUGAUAACCAUGUGCAAUAUCAUUGUGUCAUCUUAUAUAUAACUUGCAUACUCAAAUUAUAUCUGGGCACUCUAUUAACCUAAGAUGCUAAUGUAUACAAUGAAUUUAUACCUCCACCGUUUUAAUUCCACAGUCUUCUGAUAAUGGUUUUUGUAGAAAAGCAAAUAGGGCUUCAAACCUUACAAAUUCACAAAUUUGAAUUUUCAUCAUGAAUAUAUACCUAAACUAUAUACUGUUUAUGUCGAGUCCUCUUUAGGAAUAAUUAUAAAUUGCUUGAAAAAAAUUUUCAAAAAAAUCUACUUAUCAUUUCUAACAAGAACAUAAUUUAUAUUGGCAAUGUAAAGUACAAACAUUUAGUUUAACUGGUUUUGAAAAAUCCUUGUCUGCUUUUCUCAAAAGUCUUUUUGGAGGAGCUGAGUUUUUUAAAGAGAAAUUGCACAUUGUAAGGCCGGUUUUAUCUGAGAGAGUGUUAUAGAAUGUGUGUGAGCGUUGUCCUUACAUUCCUGUGUAAUUGUUAGGAUGUGAUCAGGAUCUUUUGUGUUAAUAAAUGAUACCAUUUCA